AUGAAGUCUUCUGGCAGAACAAAAAUUGUACAUGUAGUCCAAAUUUCGGCACGAAAGGCUCUUGAUCAAUGGCGCGUUGCAACUAAGAACACAGCAGCUACAUUUGCUACUGGUGUUCUCUCUAACAGCAACAUUUGGCGCAGACCUUUGAGUGGUAAGAUCAAGGUAAAUGUUGACGGUGCUAUCUUUGAAACUCAACGAAUGUUUGGUUUUGGUUGUGUGGCGCGUGAUCAUACGGGGCAACUUUUAGAAGCAAUCUCGGAUUCGAAAUUUGGUGUGGUGUUGCCCGAAAUUGCUGAAGUUGUUGGCUUGAAGGAAGCUUUAAGCUGGAUUAAGAGGAAAGGGUGGGAGGAUGUGUUCAUAGAGACUGAUUCGUUAAUGAUUGUUCAAGCAAUAACUAGCUCAGUUCAUAUGCCUUCUUACUUUGGUUUGUUGGUGGAGGAUUGUCGCUUGAUUUUGUCCUCUUUAAAGAAUGUUUUUAUUUCCUUUGUGUAUCGAUCUGCUAAUAAGGCGGCCCAUUCUCUUGCUCGGGCGUCUUGUUCUUUGUCAGGUUGUUUGUUUAAUGAGCGUAGUGCUCCUUUAUUUUUAAAGAACAUUGUAAUGGCUGAGGCUAUUCCUUAA